GCCCGCCAUCCCAGCGGUGAUAAAACUGGCAUUUGUUAUCACGCUCACACAGGGCGUGAGAAACGAGACGAGGAGGAGAAAGAGAAAGCAAAAGGAGUCGGAGCCAGACUUUGCGGUCCACUUAAUCUUAUCAUCUACGAGCGCGGCAGACGUUAAUAGAUGAGCCAUCAACGAGGCGAGGUGCAGCAGAGGUGCAGCGGAGCACUGAGCUGUGACUUGGACCAGCCAGGCCCUCAUCACAAUCACUGCACACGUUAAAAACACCUACUCGGGUUUCACCUUCACCCUGCACCCAGACACCUCUACGGCACUCGCUAAUAGGGUUUUAUUUAUUAUUAUUAUUAUUAUUCAUAUGACUAUUACAACAUUGGUUCUGUUGGUUGUCGCCAUUAAUUCCUUCAGACGUCAGACAAAAACCCAAACAAACAAACCCGAGCCAGUUUUCCCCAUAGGAAGUAAUAGUUCUGCUAUUACAACAUUGGUUCUGUUGCUGCUGUGUUGCAGCACCUUGGUUGUUGCCAAUAACUCCUUCUUAAACAUCAGACGAAAGCCAAAACAAAAAAAACAAGCCAGUUUUUCUCAUAGGAAGUCAUAGUUUUGCUAUUACAACAUUGGUUCUGUUUAGCUGUGUUGCAGCACCUUGGUUGUCACCUUUAAUUCAUUCUUAAGCGUCAGACGAAAACCAAAACAAACAAAACCAAGCCAGUUUUCCCCAUAGGAAGUCAUAGUUCUGCUAUUACAACAUUGGUCCUGUUGGUUGUCACCAUUAAUUCCUUCUUAAACAUCAGAUGAAAACCAAAACAAUAAAACCGAGCCAGUUUUUCCCAUAGGAAGUCAUAUUUCUGCUAUUACAACAUUGGUUCUGUUGCUGCUGUGUUGCAGCACCUUGGUUGUCGCCAUUAAUUUCUUCUUAAACAUCAGAUGAAAACCAAAACAAUAAAACCGAGCCAGUUUUUCCCAUAGGAAGUCAUAUUUCUGCUAUUACAACAUUGGUUCUAUUGGUUGUUACCUUUAUUUCCUUCUUAAACAUCAGACGAAAACCAAAACAAACAAAACCGAGCCAGUUUUCCCCAUAGGAAGUCAUAGUUCUGCUAUUACAACAUUGGUUCUGUUGCUGCUGUGUUGCAGCACCUUGGUUGUCGCCAUUAAUUCCUUCUUAAGCGUCAGACGAAAACCAAAAAACGAGACAGUUUUCCCAUAGGAAGUCAUAGUUUUGCUAUUACAACAUUGGUUCUGUUGCUGCUGUGUUGCAGCACCUUGGCUGUCGCCAUUAAUUCCCUCUUAAACAUCAAAUGAAAACCAAAACAAUAAAACCGAGCCAGUUUUUCCCAUAGGAAGUCAUAGUUCUGCUAUUACAACAUUGGUUCUGUUGGUUGUCACCAUUAAUUCCUUCUUAAACAUCAGACAAAAACCAAAACAAAAAAACGAGCCAGUUUUCCCCAUAGGAAGUCAUAUUUCUGCUAUUACAACAUUGGUUCUGUUGGUUGUCACCUUUUUAGGAUGGAAUUCUAGAGUGUUUCCUACCUCCUUAAUCGAAUCCACUGUGGCUGUGUGUAACUGUGCUCCACAUGGAGACUAACAGGAAGUCCAAAUCGGCAUUGCUGGUUGAAGAAGCCUGUGGUUUUCACAAGCCAUCGAGGAGGACAAACAAUAGGUUUUGCAAAGCCCGCGUGCUUCUCUGGUGACAAAUACGUGCUCAUUACGAUAAUCACCGUAAUAUAUUUUCAUAUAUUUCCAUAUAUUUUCAAUAUAUUUCCAUAUAUUUAAACUUCUUGUAAUAUUAUUACUUUAUUCCCAUAAGAUUAGAACUUUUUUCCAGACCUAAUUUCAUUAAAAAAAUACUUACAAAAAAAUAAUAAAUACCUCAUUUUGUUGUGUUUAUUUAUUAAGAAUAUUUAUAUUUUUACAAUUUAUUUAUAAUAUUAUUUAUUAAGAAUCCAUUUUCUGUCUGUCCAUCUUCUAUUUUCUCAUGAAAAUUAAAGUGUUAAUAUCAUGAGGUGAAAAAUGUAAUUUAGUAGUCAAGAGUUGAAAUAUUAAAGUGACAUUUUUAAGUCAUACUAUGUCAUAAUAAUUCCCCAAAUUGAACUGAAUUAUCCCUGAGGGAUUCCAUGCUGUACUAUUAUAAACAAAACACAACGUACUUUAGAACAGAAAGGAAGCUUACAGUGGGUGUCAUCUUCAAAAUAAAUUAAUCAUUAAGCAUCAGUGUGGAUUGUAUCGUUUAAUAUGUUAUUGUGAAUAUGCUAAUAUGCUAUGUUUAUAUGUAUGAUUAAACAGAGAGAGAGCGUGAAGUCAGCAUUGCACAUUAUUUAAAUAGUUUAUAAUUUAAAUAAUGUGACUCUGUGCGAUUCCUUGAGUGUGGGCUUUGUUGUGAAAGUGUAUACCGGAAACACUACUGUUGUCAAGCAGAGGCACAGCAACUCCACCUUCCAGACUUCCACCCGGCGGUUGCUGACAAGAGCGUCACCGGUCAAAGGCUCAGUGUGAGUAGACACUCUUCGACGGACACUCCUGACACCUUUCAAUGUUUUAUCAAAGCUGUAAAAGCUCACUAUUGCUGUUUUUUUAAAAAUAUAGUUUAUAUCAUAAGAACAGAAGAAGUGAACUCGACUUGUGUGGGUCCUGCCUUUCAAUUUGCUAGCAACCUGCUCCGGCUUGUUUGAUGGACUGAAUCAGCAGCACAUUCACGGCCAAAGUCUCUCUUCUCUUCGGGCGACUUUUGCUCCUUUCGACGGGACAAAUUUGUGUUUUUUUUUGGAUACUGUACACAUCCUAACGUUUCUUGGCGGUCUGCACCUGUGUAAAAGAGUCUCAGAUGGAAGCCCCGCUUGCCGAGCGUCUGCGGGCGGCGUUGAUUAUCGCCAUCCUGCUCCGCUCCACCGCUUCAAGCGACCGGGACCUGAACUUCUGCGGCACCUGGCGUCACGGCAAACACCCGCUGAGCCUGAGGUUCGACAUCGCCCCCGGCUGCGACGGCCUCUCCAUAUCGGCCGACGAGAAGUCUCUGGUCGUCAGCGGGCGCAUGGCGGCUCAGUGUCGACGCUCCGGCGUGCAUCACCUCGGUCCUGAAGCUCUCGGCACCCAAGAGGAGAGCAGCUUCUGCCUGCAGUGGGAGCCCCUGCAGGACCAGCUGAAGCUACAGGUGGGAGGCAAGACCUUCACUCUUUGCUGGCCCAGCGGCAUGCCGGAGUCCUGCUGCACUUACCUGUCCCACGGCCCCAACGCCCCCGAGGCCGCCUACGGCAUCGCCCACGGGACCAUCAGGGAUGACGUCAUCACCCGGAAAACGCUGACCGCCUACAAUUUCACCGGAAUCUCCGACCUGUGCGCAACCUUCUGUCCAGACGGGAACCAUGGCCCCGCCCAAGUCAACGUUUCUGGCCCGGCUGCCAACGCGGAGGCUCCCUGUGCAGCCCUCAGCGCUGAGGUGGACAUGAAGGACGACUUUGGCGGCGUGGACAUCAGCUCGCCAGUAGUGGAAGGGGAGCCCCCCGAGCUGGCGACCUCCAUCCACCUCCCCCCGGCCCUAAAACAGGCUGCAAAGACAGACAGCAAGGUGGUCUACACCUUCUUCAGGAACAACUCCCUCUUCCAGGAGGGCCUGAAGGAGGUCAGGAUCCUGGACGAUGUGGUGGAAAUCUCCAUUGAGAAUGAGGUCAUCAAGGACCUGCCCGAGCCCAUCAGGAUUGGCUUCCAUCACGACGUCGUCCCCAAAACACAUUCAAGGUCGUGUGUCUCGUGGGACGCCAGGAAAGAUCCCAUGAAGGUGACCUGGUCGGUGGCGGGAUGUAAGACACAGCAGAGAGGAUCCAAACAUACGGAAUGUUUAUGUGACCAUCUCACCUACUUCACCGUGUUGGUGCAAGUGAAACCUGGACCGGUGCGCCACCUGCUGGCCCUGACGGCCAUCACGUCUCUUGGCUGCGCCGUGUCGGUCAUCAGCUGCAUCGCUCUCAUCGUCUUCCUCUGCAGGAGAAGGCGAGCCAAGGAUCCGUCCACGCCGAUCCACCUGGGCUUGGCCGUGUCCCUCACCUUCCUCAACCUGCUCUUCUUCUUCACGGGGGUCCUGGCAAACGCGGGCGGACACGAUCUCUGCGUCCUGGCGGCGGCCGGUCUCCACUACGCCCUGCUCAGCUCCUUCUGCUGGAUGGGAAUUGAAGUUUUCCACACCUUCUGGCUGGUCUACGUGGUCUUCAGACCCUCGCCGAACAUCUGUGUGUGGAACCUGCUUGGUUUUGUCCUCCCCGCGGUGCCCGUGGUGGUCCUGGUUGCCAUGGGAGAUAUUUACGGCCUGAGGGAGGUGGCGUCAAGUGAGGAUGAAGACAAUCCCUUCCUGAUGUGCUGGAUGAAGAAGAACCACCAGGCUCUGCUGGCUCACUACUUGACCAACCUGACCUUCUUAGCCGUCCUGGUGUCUGCCGGCCUGGUGAUGCUCUUCCUGGUCUACAGGGAGAUCCGCCCCCGGGACGAAUGGCGGAAGAGCCGCGUGGCCUUCUUCAGCAUCUGGGGCCUCAGCUGUCUCUACGGGACCACCUGGGGUCUCACCUUCCUGGACUUUGGACCCUUCUCGGACUUUGUUCUCUUCCUGUCCUGCAUCCUCAACUCCUUCCAAGGCUUCCUGCUGAUGCUGCGCUUCUGCGUGCUGGACUGGAUGCGUAAACACCAGGCCAGAAGGAAGGAGUCGCCCGCCAAGGUCCGCCACGUGCCCGCCUCGCCGUCCACCAUCAGCCAAGAACCCCUGGAGCCGCUUUGUUCCGGUUCUUGACCCUUCCCGCCUCACCAGCGUUGACUCAGGUAAAGCCUUCACGCAGGCCCGGAGCCUGUAUGUCUGUCUAGAUCUACAACACCUAGACUGGCUGUAGUUGUCGAAGGGAACCUUUUUUUUUUUUUUUUUUAAACUCAGAGCAAAAUGAAGCUUUAUUUGUAGACGGGGGACAAUGAACGGUUCCUGCACUGAUUUCCUGUUUCCUGUUGGAUCUUAGCUAACCUCGGAACUCGGGUUGUGUACGGUUGUAGCACUUUAGAUUUUUCUAUGUCUUCUAUGUCUAUUUUUUGCUUGUCGACUUCAGCUUUACAGAUGCCACGUGCCUGAUGAAUUGGGGCACGGCGUUUAUUACAGUGGAGGCCACUAUUUGAGGAAAUACGCUAAGCACAAAUUUUUAUUUUUUUUUUUACAUUCGGGCGCCCAAAAAGGGAACUUUAUUUUGAAAGUACCAUUUGUUCCAAUGGCCGUUUCACAUUUCACGUUACGCAAAACAACGCAGGGCGUUGGAGGUCAUCUGAUCUGUUUUGGAGAAAAAGACACAUUUAUCUGGUAUCAUGUGGCCAACAUGAUGUAUUUUGUAAGUAGUACUUUGUAAGUAGUACUUUGUCAUAUUGUUUUUUUUAUUUUCUUUCCCGUAUGAGUGAAUGUGAAUGGUUAGAAACUGUGACGUUUGCACUACUUGUGUCUUCUGUGCUGUGUUGUAUUACU